AUGUACGCCGAGGAGCAGGCGGGUUGCACAGAGGUCGAACUGAUCCGCGAAGCCAUGGAGGAGUAUCACCUCCGGACGUGCUUACAGUUUGUAUCAAGGACCAACCAACCCGACUAUAUCCACAUCAAGAAGAAUACCGGUUGCCGGUCUUACGUGGGUGUGCAAGGCGGAGAGCAGGAGGUGUCGUUCGGUAACGGCUGUAUGCACAAGGGCAUCAUGAUGCACGAACUGAUGCACGCUGUCGGCUUCUGGCACGAGCAUUCCCGUAGCGACAGGGAUGAAUGGGUCGCUAUCAAUUGGGAUAACGUACAGGAUGGACAAGAACAGAACUUCAUCAAGCACUCUCAGACGGAGGUUGACACGCUCGGCGCGCCCUACGACUACGGUUCCAUCAUGCACUACAGCGCCUCGUCCUUCAGCAAGAGCGGGCUGCCCACCAUCGUGGCCCGGAAUCCCACGGACGAGACUUUGGGCCAACGGGACGGCUUCAGCACCACGGACGUGCAGAAAAUCAACCAGCUCUACAGCUGCCUGGGCGUCCACCCCGACUGUGGCAGCAGUUUCCUGGGCGGUCCCAGCGGCGAGAUCAAGUCCCCCAUGCACCCUCUGGACUACCCCGACUUCCUGAACUGCAGGUGGCUCAUCAACGCCACGGGGACGGAGCCCAUCAUUCUCAGCUUCAAGGAGUUCUCUGUGGAGGCUGGCGGCGCAGGAUGUAUCUAUGACGCUCUCAAGGUGUAUGACGGUACGGACGAGAGCGCCCCUCUGCUCGGUACCUACUGCGGGGAGACCAACCCACUGGACGUGACGUCAUCGGGAGGCCAGAUGUUCAUCACCUUCUCUUCAGACAGCUCCUACACGGAGCGGGGAUUCAUCAUCCAGUACUCCAGUGUCCGAAUGCUGGUGGACUGUGACUUCGACACCGACAUGUGUAACUUCUUCCAGGACGAAUCCGACAACUUCGACUGGAUCCGCCACACAGGGUCCACUCCGUCCGGACAGACAGGACCGUUGACCACACCACUGGACUGGGUACGACACUACCUGUUCAUCGAGGCCUCCAGUCCCCAGGAAGUGGGGCACAACGCCAUCCUCCGGUCACCAAUCUACCCGCCCAGCUCCACCGGCUACUGCCUGGACUUCCACUACCACAUGUACGGCGUUAACGUCGGUGCGUACAGUCUAUUGUUUCCGUAA